AUUUAGUCAACUUGUCCAACACUGGACAAGCAAUCCACUUUAAGAAAAAAGAUAUUAUUAUUAUUAUUAUUAUUAUUAUUAUUAUUAUUAUUUGUUUUGAAGGAAAUCAGAGGGAAAAGUUACUUCUGUUUUUAGGGAAGUUUCACAUACAAAUGAAGAAAUGGGCUGACUGCAAACCCAGUUUUGUUGUUAAUACUGUAAUGGACAGUAUAGUGAGUGUAUGGCCAUUACUCACUAAGGUUUUUUGGUACUCCGUCCAGCAGGAGGCGCUGUUAGCCCUACUUUCAAAACCACCAAAGCAGUGAGAGCAUUGAGCAGUCUUUAGCCCGUCCUUCUCCUUAGUAAAAGCUGUUUUUAACAGUAACGGUUGGCUUAGUCUUCUGCUGAAGUUUAGCUAAGAUCGAUGUUGGCAUUUCACUAUUUUAGAACCAUAUUUUCGAUCUAAUAGCACAUUUUCCUUGAUGCCACAGAGGAAGGGGUAAGGCCAGACCGAGCCGCUGUAGCAGUGCACUGACUGCAUAAACCACAAGAGAGACUUGCUGAAGGAUGAAUCCACUCGACUGGGAUGUUUCACACACACUGAGAAAUCUGCACCCAAAUCACCAGAAUAAUGUUCAUAACAGUAUGGACAAUAUGCCAAGAACUUAUAAUGAGUGGGGCACUUAUUGUGAAUUCUCCAGACACACAGUUGAUGAAGCACAAAGAAGCGAGGAAGUGAAUGUGAGAUGGCAGGGACCGAGUCCCCCCACACAUAACUUUUACAAUAAGGACUCAGAAUUUGAGGACCCAGAUGGAGGACCACUUGAAAUGGACGAAGAGGAUCCAGAGCUGUCAAGAAAGCGAAAAGAGCUUCAACAUAUAGAGGAACGAAUUAUUCUAAAGAAAGCUGCUAUUGCUCUGAAAACAGUUGAAUUGUUUGUGACGAACCCAGUGCCUUCAGACUCAUCUAAUGAUCACUCAGCUCCAUGCAGAGGCGAAACUCUUAAAGACCGGGUCAAUGUGAUAUUAAAGCAACGUCAUCCUCCAAGCUUUCUGUCAAAGGUCAGUGAAAGAAUGAAGUCAUCCAGCCAGAGCAGAUAUGGCCCACUGCAGGACAACCAUCCUCUGAAACUCAGAGUGAAUGCACUAAUGAAGCAGAGAUGUAGUGAUCUGAGGGCUUUGCCAGCAAUCGGAGAGGUCCCUGUUGUCACACUACCAUCUGCCAGGGGAAGUAUUGCUUCACCAGCCAAUGAGGAGAACAACGUCAACAAGGGUUUUCAGCGUUUCCUUAGUGUGCUCAACGAAGGAGUGGACAUGGACUACCUCAGUAGGAUUGUCAUUGAUGACAGUGAGGGUCUUCCUUUAGGAAAGGAGCUCCCAGUUCAGCCUCCUGCCCUGGAGAACAAGUCAGAUCCAGUCCCUAGGAGCAAGAGCCAGCAGUCCAAUUGUGGAGCCUCACUGUCGGGUGGCAGUCGGAGCAACAGUGGAGAGAGGAAGACUGACCUGCUCACUCAAGAGAGAUCCCUCAAUGAGAGACUUCCCCUGCCUGAUGAUGAAGAGAACAUAUAUGACAGAGGAAAUCUCUGUUUUGGUUCUAGUAGUAGAUCCAAGUCUCCCCCUGCUGUGAAGAAAAAACAAAAGAACGAAGAAGUGCAACCAAAGGUGAAUGAGCAGCAUGGACAUCUUCAGAACAUUCUUAAAACAGGGGGGUUGAGUCUGGAAGUGGAAGAAACGAAAAGAUUAGUAUACUUGACUAAGGACAGGCUGUAUGGAAAGAAGCAUGAAGACACAACAGUUGACAGUAGAGGGGAGCAGGAGAGCCAACUAAAGAGCUCCCAAAGACAUUACAGUGUCUCCUCUUCAUCCUCUGCCUCCUCAAGGUCAACAAGAUCCAGAAGCUCUAGUCCCAGCACCUCUCAACAUCAGGGCUCCCACAGCAGAGACUCAAAACAAUGGUUUGGAAGCAGCUGCUCAAGAGGCAGAAGCAGAGUUGGACUGAAACACCAAGAUGAUAACCAGGACAGCAAAGAAGCACAUAGUUACAGGGACGAAUACGACAAAGUAACGCUUCCUCUCAGUGGGAGCAUUACCUCCUCAGCCAGUGAGGAGAACAAAAUCAACAAGGGUUUCCAGCGCUUCCUUAGCCUGCUCAACAAAGGAGUGGACAUUGACUACCUCAGUAGGAUUGUCACUGAUGACAGUGAGGAUCUUCCUUUAGGAAAGGAGCUCCCAGUUCAGCCUCCUGCCCUGGAGAACAAGUCAGAUCCAGUCUCUAGGAGCAAGAGCCAGCAGUCCAAUUGUGGAGCCUCACUGUCAGAUGGCAGUCGGAGCAACAGUGGAGAGAGGAAGACUGACCUGCCCAGUCAAGAGAGAUCCCUAGUUGAUGGACUUUCCCUGCCUGAUAAUGAAGAGAAGAGGAAUGACAGAGGGCAUUGCAGUUUUGGUUCUAGUAGUAGAUCCAAGUCUCCAGUGAAGAAGAAAAAUAAGAAAGAAGAGCAACCAAAUGUGGACGAGCAGCAUGGACAUCUUCAGAACAUUCUUAAAACUCUAGGGUUAAACCUGGAGGUAGAAGAAAUGAACAAGUUAGCACAGCGGACUCAGGAGAGGCUGUAUGGAAAGACGCAUGGAGACACAAAGGUUGACAGUAGAGGAGACCAGGAGAGCCAAGAAAAGAGCUCCCAGAGACAUGACGGUAUCCCCUCUUCAUCCUCAAGGUUAACAAGAUCCAGAGGCUCUAGUCCCAGCACCUCUCAACAUCAGGGCUCCCACAGCUGCUCAGAAGGCAGAAGCAGAGAUGGAUUGAAGCGGCAAGAUGAUAACCAGAGCAGUAAAGACAUACAGAGUUACAGGGACACAGACGACAAAGAAAUCUCUACUUAUCAGCAUCCAUAUUCACAGAACCAAACGUAUCCCCAUGCCCACCCUGCUGCUUUUUCGGAAUUUCCCGAUUACAGUUUGGCCCAGCACUCCCAGUACUACAACGCUGGAACAAAUUCUUACUGGACUCAUGGCAACACUCCCACCCCACCUUCCCUUAAUCAUUCAAGCACCUUCCAUCACUUCCCUGGCCCUGUAAAGACAUCUGGCAUGGUUUACCCUCAUCACAACCCUUGUCAAGACAUUAACUUGUUAAUGAAUCCAGACCUUUCUACGAGUGAAGGUCAAAUCGGAUCUCUUCUUGGUCCUCGCUGUCUGCAGGUCAUCAGCACUAAGCAGCCAACCACUGAGCGGUGUAUAAUGCAACUUACAAAAAGGCGCAAGAACAGGACAUCAAAAGGUCACCAAAGGAAGCUAAAGGAAAGGUGGAUACAGAAAAAAAUAGAGACGCGAAAACGUAAAAUGGAAGAAAGGCAAAAGUUGAUGGAGAUGGCAGAGGUUCCACAGCCUGGUGGUGCUGAAGAAGACUCGCAAGAAGAAAAAAAGCAGCCAACAGAGGACGAAGUCAAGUCCAAACUGAGGAAAUGGCUUGAUGCAUAUAACAAGAAGAUGAAGAAAAAAUGCCCCCAACAGCCAACUCAAUAACCUCUCUGGCCCCUCUCUAGACAAGUUAAAAUCUGUGGAGCGUCGUGACGGACCAUCUGAAGCUGCCGUGAGCCCGACAGACCGUGUGGACAGCAUGUUCAACUUUUAUGAAUUACACAUGCAGUUACUGGUGUUACUGGACCAUUUAGUAUUUAAGUCAUAUUUCUUUAAACUCUAAUAAGUACAUGAUAUCUUCUGCAAAAGAACAUUUUUGUGCCAGUAAUGAUCACUUUGCGUUUAGACAGAUUUUACACAUCUCGGUUCUCUCUCUUUAUUUCUGUGAAUAACUCUACUUUGUAACUCUGUUUUUCAUUCUAUGUAUUUGAUUAAACAACAUAUUUUGCAGA